AAAAAUGAAGAAGAAAAUUGGAAAAGUUUUUCUGGAACUUCGGGGAAAAUUUUUAAUUCUUCUCUUUCUCCAUUCUCAAAAAGUUUUUGUUGUACUAGUGAUAACACUAAAUUGUUCUCAAGCUCCUUACAACAUUCUUUUAAUUCAAAAAAUUCUUCAAAUUGCUUAUGGGAGAACAAUGAAAGACCCAAUUUGUAGUAACCACAACAAACUUCGAAAAAAUAUAAAAAUGCUUCAACAUCAUUAUAAGCUCCACAAGAUUCGGCACAUUUUUGGAUUUAAACGGCGUCAACAUACUUCGAUUCAUUUAAAUUCGAGUUUGUUAUCCACUUUAAAAGAACAACAAAAGGUUAACAAAACACAAACAUUUAACAACAGCACAAUUUAUUGGGCAAUUGUUGUCUUUGCUGGCUUUUCUCUCUUUUUUGGAAUUUUUUCUUUUUUGUUCAAUAUUCUACUACUUGUUUGGCAAAAUAAUUGAUAUUUAUACACAUAUGUUUUAUUCUGAAUUUGAACACGUUGCGGGCAAAAAAAUUUUUUCAGUGAUUAAAUUAAUCCGUUUAAUUGUAUAUUCCAAUUUUUGUUUUAAUUUUUAAAUAUAAAGUACACUGCGGUGCAAAAGUUUAUCUACACCUACCAAAAAAUUUUUUAGAACGAUAUAUCUCGGGGAAAAUUUGUUUUCAUGAAAUGAUUUUUUUCACUAUUAGCUGGGCUUUAGCUAUUCCUCUC